AUGCCCGAUCCAGCAGCCAGCAUCAACACCCAAUCCGUUCGCGACAAAUAUGCCCAAGAACGCGACAAACGCUACCACCCAGAUGGGCUGAAGCAGUACAUUGUCGACCUGGCCGCCUCCCCAGAGUACGCACGCUACCAGGCGGACCCAUGGCGCACGUCCUCGAACCCCGAGCCCGCCCUGCGCGACGGCGACAGCUGCACGGUGCUGAUCGUCGGCGCGGGCUUCGGCGGCAUCCUCUUCGCCGCCAGCCUGGUCAAGGCCGGCAUGAACCCGGCGCAGAUCCGGCUGGUCGACACGGCCAUGGGCUUCGGCGGCACGUGGUACUGGAACCGCUACCCGGGCCUGCACUGCGACGUCGAGAGCUACAUCUACAUGCCGCUGCUGGAGGACACGGGCUACGUGCCCCGCCACAAGUACUCUGCCGGCCCGGAGCUGCGGGAGCACGCGCACCGGAUCGCGGAGCACUUUGGGCUCGCGGACAAGGCGCAGUUCGGCACGCGGGUGGACGAGCUGCGCUGGGACGAGGACGGGCGCCAGUGGGUGGCCGGCCUGGUGCUCGUCGAGGAGCAGACGCCCAUCACGGUCCGCAGCGAGUUCGUCAUCACGGCCUACGGCAUCGGCCACUACCCCAAGCUCCCCGCCGUUCCGGGGUUGGACGGGUUCAAGGGAAGCGCCUUCCACACCAGCAGGUGGGACUACGGCGUCACCGGCGGGUCGGAGGCGCAGCCGGAUCUGACGCUGCUGCGGGACAAGCGCGUCGGCAUCGUCGGCACCGGAGCCACGGCCGUCCAGGCGAUACCCUUCCUCGCGCGCUGGGCCAAGGACCUCUACGUGUUCCAGCGCACGCCGAGCAGCGUCGGGCCGCGGAACAACGGCGUCACGGACCUGUCGCGGUGGAAGGAAAACGUCGCCACGCACAGGGGAUGGCAGAUGGACCGGGCCGAGAACUUCAACGCCUUCCUGGCCAACGAGACGCCCAGGCCCGAGGUCGACCUCGUGGACGACGAAUGGACCAAGCUCCCGUCGUACAGCGCCCUGAUCGGCAGCGCCGUGGACCUGGGCGCCGGCAAGGAUGGUGUGGAGCAGUACGUCGCCAUGCUAGAGGAGCUGGACAUGCCGCAACAGGAGUCGCGACGGCACUGGGUCGAUGGGAUCGUGCACGACAAGACCACGGCGGAAAACCUCAAGGCGUGGUACCCGUCCUGGUGCAAGCGGCCGUGCUUCAGCGACGACUACCUUCAAGCCUUCAACAGCUCCAGCGUGCACCUGGUCCCGACCGGGCCGCGCGGGAUCGAGCACGUAUCGGAAAAACACGUCACGGUCGACGGCAAAGACUACGAGCUUGACGUGUUGAUUUUUGCUACGGGGUUCAGGCCGCCGACCAGCGGGAGCCCGGCCGAAAGAAGCAGGAUGAAGGUCUACGGCCGGGGCGGCUUGGACAUGGACGACAAGUGGGCGUCGCCGGACGGGCUGAGCACGCUGCACGGGAUGCUCAGCCGCGGGUUCCCCAACUUCUUCUUCCCAGGGCCGAACCAGAUGGGCGCCGCCCCAAACGGCACCUACCAGCGGGAUCGACUCGGAGAACAUUUUGCGUACGUAAUCACAGCCGCCAAGCAGCGCCGAGGGGGAGCCAAGGUCGUAAUCGAGCCUAGCGACGAGGCCGAAAAGGAAUGGAGCGCGCGGACUGCGAGUAAUGCGGCCAGGUUGACUGCCAUGGUUAGUUGCACGCCCAACUACAUGAUCACGCCCGAGGAGCAGGAGGCGGCCGCCAAAGGGAGGAGAGAGGGGCUGGCGAGGAAGGCGAGAGGCGCGCUUUGGGGGAGGGGUACAAAUGAGCCGUUCCAGAUUAUUACCGAAACCGUGACCAAGAUUUUCCUCCCGGCGAGGUAUGCCGAGGAGGUUAAAGAUGUCAAGGAAUUGAGCUUCACACGGGCGCUUGCCAAGGAGUUAUUCGCCGGGUAUAGCGGCUUUGAGCCCAUUGCCGCCAUUGCAGAUGACGCCAACAUCAUCCAGACUGUUGCUCGGCUGAACAUAACUACGUCUCUGAAGUACCUGACCGACGACGUCUCCACCGAGGCAGCAGCUGCACUGGCCGAAUACCUCGGGCAGGACACAGAAUGGCGGGAGACGGCUGUCAAGGCCUUCACCCGCACGCUAGCGGCCCGUCUUUCCGCCCGCGUCUUCGUCGGCCCGUCCCUGUGCGCGGACAAGGCCUGGCUGGCAGUGUCGGCGGGAUACGCAGCACAGUGCCACAUCGCCGCCUUCAAGCUCCAGUCGUGGCCGCGGCCAGUGCGGCGGGCUGUGAACUGGUUUCUGCCCGAGUGCCGGGCGCUGCGGAGGAUGGUGCGUGAAGCCAGGCGGAUCCUGAAGCCGAUCGUUGCCGAGCGAGAGGGGAAGCCAAGGAAGGAUACGAUUUCGUGGCUUCAGAGCGCCCUCCGAGCAUCCAACCUCACCCGCUACACCGUCGCCGAUUUUCAACUGGGCCUGAGCCUGGCCGCCAUCCAUACCACCACUGAGCUGCUCACCCAUGCGCUGUUGGACAUCGUCACCGCCGGCCCUGAGUUGAUCAGCCAGCUGCGGGAAGAAAUAAUCAACGUCUUUGGUGAAAGCAGUCCCGACGGCGAGUUGUUCACCAAGACGCGGCUGUACAGCAUGCGGCUUCUGGACAGCGCCAUCAAGGAGUCGCAGAGGCUACACACCGCACGGCUGGGCGGGAUGGGCCGCGUGGCCCUACAACCGGUAACCCUGCCCUCGGGGCUACACAUCCCCGCGGGCGCAUACACGACCGUCCUGCUCACGUCCCACUCGGACCCAGACCUCUUCCCGUCGCCCGAGACCUACAACCCGCGUCGCUUCUUGGAGAUGCGCUCCCGCCCCGGCCAGGACAAGAACUGGCAGCUGGUGACGACCUCGCCGCACCACCUGGCCUUCGGAUACGGGGCCCACGCGUGCCCUGGCCGGUUUCUGGCUGCCGCCGAGGUCAAGAUCGCGUUGGUGAGGCUGUUGAUGGGCUACGACUGGCGGGUUGAAGGGGGGAGGAGUGGGGAUGUCGGGCUGGUUAGUGCACAUCGGGUUGCCGAUCCGGCGGCGCGGAACCUCUGCACACCGCGCAACCUUGUCCCUACCUUCAGUGCCAGCCCACACCUCAUACGCAGCCCUCAACCUCGCCAGCUCCUCCUCGGUCAAGAUCCCCUUGGCCAGCGCAUCGUCGACGCCAAUGCCACGACCCACGACCUGCAGCGCCUCGGCGGACCGCUCCUCGCCGACCCCGCAGGCGAUGCGCUCGAAGCCGGCCUCGCGGGCCCAGGCCUCCAGCAUCGUGCCGGCCCGGGGGUGUCCGCCGCGGGCGCUGAGCAGGGCAGCGGCGUAGACGGCAUGCAGCUCGAGGCCGGGGACGUCAGGGGUCCACCUGACGUCGCGGACGAUGUCGAGCGGCUCACGGAGGGCGACGAGGCCGCCGGGCCUGAGCACCCUGCGGAACUCGCGGAGGGCGCGCACGGGGUCCGGGACGUGCGUGCAGCACGUGUGCGCGUGCACCACGUCGAAGCUGCCGUCCGGGAACGCCGCCAGGUCCUGCGCGUCGGCGACCUGGAACGAGAGGUUCGGCGGGCCGUCGGGCGCUCGCACGUGCGUCUCCUGCGCAAACGACACCAUCGCCGCCGAGAUGUCGACGCCGAUCGCGUGCCCGUCCUUGCAGAUCGUCGCCAGGUCGCGCGUUAUGCUGCCGGACCCGGACCCGACGUCCAGCACUGCAUGGUCGGGGCGGAGGUAGGGCAGGAGGUAGGCUGCGUGGAUGUGUGCGCGGCGGGUGUU